CCUAAAACAGAAGUGUUGCCUGUUACAUUCUUUAGAUACCAAAAUUGUGAAGCAUAUGGGCAAAUUUAAAUAUCUAGACAGUGUAGGUAAGAAUUACCCUAAUCACUUUCCAUAGAAGCACCCAUCCAUAAAAAAUCCAUUGCAAGAGCUACUUCCCUGGUCAAACACGAAAUCAGGAAUUGAAGAUAGCAGCAGCAAGAAAUGAACAAGAAACAAGAAAACAAUCAAAACCCUUUAAUCCAAUGGGCAAAUCACAUCCUUCCCUAUCUAACACCACAAGAACUGUCAAACACCUCCUUAACAUGCAAAUCCCUUUUGCAGAUCUCCAAAACAAUCACUCUAAACCGGUCUCUAGACGCUUCCCAAUCUUUCGAAAACAACAAUCGAAUUCCAUUUCACAAUCCACUGGGUAACAUCCCGUACGCCUAUUUCCUCUACACUCAAUCUCACCUUCUCCCUUCCCAAUCUCCUAAACGUCAAUCUUGGGGUGGUGCCACGUGUGUUUCCUCCUCGCAAGGUGAUGGUGAUGGCAUAUUUAAGUGUGACUGUGACUGUGAAGGGUGUGAACAGGAAGAUGAUGCAAGUGGGGUUGAUUUUGUUUUGGGAUUGGAGGAGAUGGAAAUGGGGAUAAUGAGCGAGUGUGGAGCGACUUGUGAGUGUGGGUUAAAGUGUAGGAAUCGGUUGACCCAGAGAGGGGUUUCGGUUAAGCUGAAGAUUGUUAGAGACUUGAGAAAAGGUUGGGGCUUGUUUGCCGAUCAGUUUAUUUGUCAAGGCCAAUUCGUAUGCGAGUAUGCGGGUGAACUCUUGACGACCAAAGAAGCUAGAAGCCGACAAAAGAUUUAUGAUGAGCUGACAUCGACUGGCUGGUUUUCUUCUGCUCUUUUGGUUGUGAGAGAGCAUCUUCCAUCAGGGAAGGCUUGUUUGAGGGUGAACAUUGAUGCCACAAGAAUUGGAAAUGUUGCACGAUUCAUUAACCAUUCUUGUGAUGGUGGUAAUCUAUCAACAAUGCUAGUUAGAAGCACAGGAGCUCUGUUACCUCGCCUUUGUUUCUUUGCUUCUAGAGAUAUAAAAGAAGGGGAAGAGCUCACAUUUAGCUACGGGGAGAUCAGGCUGCGGUCCAAGGGCUUGCGAUGUUUCUGUGGCAGCUCUUGCUGUUUCGGAACGUUACCAUCAGAACAUACUUAAUCCAAGAAAACAACAUAUGGUUUUGGCUUUCGAGUAGAAAAAUAUGACAUUUCUUCAGUUGAAGUAUUGAAAAGUCUUAGCCUUUUUAAGGUUAAUUCCUGCCCUGUUUGCACACUUUGCCGUCUGAUGGGCAGAUCGCUUCCAUAUGUCAAUGCCAUAAUUGCUUGGCUUGCGAAUUAUGUGUUAUUUCAGUCAAAUCUCAAGUGCAAUUGUAGAAAUUGGAAAUAUGCAUGUAUAUCCGCAAGCAGGGUAAUAUGUGUCUUGUUUUCUCCUAUCAAAUAUGUAUGUAUAUCCAAAUUUAGAAAAAAAGUGCAAGAGGAUGAAUUGCAUUUGAAAUUC